UUUUAAAUUUUGCUACAAGAUAUUUUAUUAAAAAUUAUAAGCUAAUUAUUCAAGGAAUACAUAAUUUUGAAUGCACCUGAAAUAUUUGUCUGUCGUAUACACACUUUACCAAUUAUUAAUAUAAGUAAUGAAAUUUUUGUUCUAGAACAAACACCAAAUAUAAAUUGUCAAAUAAUAAUAAUUUGUAAGAUAAUAAUUGAUAUAUAUUGUAAGAUAAUAAUAAUUUGUAUCUUGAUAGAAAAAUUAUCAUAAGUUGCUAUACAAAGACUUCAUGAACAUCAACAAUAAAAAUGAGUGAGGUUUAGAGAAUUUAAUCAUUAUAAGCGAUACGAUGUGUAUCAAAUUUCAAUUGGGAUAAACAUAACUUAUACAGUAAUUAAGUAUCUUUUCCAAUAAUUUGAACUCUGAUUAAUUGGCUGAGAGUUCGUACAAACUCGAGAAUGAUGAAUUGAUAUAUGUUGUAUAAGAUAAUAAAUUUGAGAGUUUUGGUUGAAAUUUUUUUUAUAUACGAUCCUAAAUGGGACGUGAUAAACCUUUACGACAGGAUAUAUGAUCAGAGAAUAAAAACAUCACAAGCGAGUGUGCUAACUAUUAAAUAUUAAGACUUUUUAGUAUAGGCAUACCACAUAUUCACUUAUGAAGCGAGAGCAGAAAAUAUAUACAAGAUCCAAAAAGUUCAAACAUAUAGAUAAGUUAACUAACAUAAAUAAUAAAAUGAACUUCUCCGGCCAACUGGUCGGGUAAAAAACUAGUAUUCCUUAAAUGUUGAUCACCCUCAUGCUCUCAUCUUCUACGAUUUACAAUUUCACUUCUGACUUCAUUGUUAAACAAUCUUUCUAGAUUUUAACAUCUGACAGCCUUCUUGCCAUUUCCAUCUUAAACCGGAUGCCCUAAACAUGAGACUCAUCGGACGCUUGAACCAUUCAACACCAAUUCCUUCAAACAUAACCACUACCUUCUCAUUUUAUAGUCCACACACACUAACUUGAAGCAGCCGCAACAGAAAUGAGACUCAGAAGAUUUUCGGACCUGAGCUACGACUUGUUUUUCCUGUAAAAAGAAAAAAGAUGUAUAAUUGGGUUUUCAAUUCCGCUGGGCCGAACUAAAAUUUUAGUCAGGUCCAACCUUUAACCCAGUCCAAUAAGUUGAGCCCAGCCCAAUCCGAACUUGACACCACAUGAAGUUUUGCUUUUCCCAUUUUCUAACCUUUCUUCUGGUAUGAAAGUGCAUCGACUUUCAAAGAUCCAUUUUCAAUUCCUUAUUUUUCACUCUUUCCAUUCCACCUACUGCUACUAGUAGCCUUCAGGCUUCAGAGUUCAGACUCAGUCAUCUCAGUGCCCACUUCUGCAAAUAUAUGUGUGAUUUGUCACAGAAGUGACAUCAAGUUGAGUAGUCCAAUGUGCCCAAAUUCCAAUUUGUGGAAUUCCUUGGAUCAACUUUGAAUUUUCACCUCUAUUUGGAAGAGAAGAUUGAUUCCUAACCAACAAAUGGUUACCCACUUACAGCGAACGAGGUUAAGAAUUGUGCCACCAGAGCAGAAAUCUUCAACAAGCUCGAAAAUAUCAAUCAAGGCAAAUUGCAAUGAAGGCACAACGUAUCAUACAAGCUCGAAAGUCGGUGACUCUAGUCAAUUUGCUCUCACGGUGUCGGCACCAUCAAUUCCAAUUCCAAUCAGUCCUUUCUCAAACCCCACUUCCUACCUGUUCAACAACAGGCUAUAAAUGGCACACAUCAAUUCAUCCAUUUCCCUGCAAUUCAUCCAUAAAAUGAAUUCCCUCACCUGUUUGAUCCUCUCGCUGCAGAUUGUAUUUGUAGCCACAAUGGCUCAGUUUGCUGCUCCAUCAAUCAAUAUAGAGACGGACAAAGAAGCCCUGCUGGCUUUCAAGUCUGGAAUUAGCUCACAGUUCACAGAUGCCCUGCCUUCCUGGAACCAAACCUCACCUUCUCCUUGCAACUGGGAAGGAGUUUCCUGCAACAGAUUCGGCCGGAGAGUGAUAGGUCUCAAUCUCUCCAGCUCGGGCUUGGUUGGUUCAAUCAGCCCUCAUAUAGGCAACCUCUCGUUUUUGCGCUCCCUGCAGCUUCAGAACAAUCAGCUGACGGGAAGCCUUCCAAACCAACUCUGCGAUCUCGUUCGUCUGAGGACUCUCAACUUGAGCUCCAACAGCUUGGAUGGUUCGAUACCGUCGAACAUUAGCAGGCUGGCAGAGCUCAGAAACUUGGACUUGUCGAUGAACAGAAUCACUGGAAGGCUACCUGACCAGCUCGGGUUGCUACCAGGUCUCCAAGUCAUGAACCUGGGGAGAAAUCGUCUCUAUGGUCCAAUACCAGCUGCUCUAUCCAAUCUUUCCUCGCUGCUCGACUUGAACUUGGGGACCAACUCUCUCAGUGGUGCAAUUCCAUCAGAUAUGAGCCGUUUGCGAAGUCUGCAGAUGCUUGAUCUCACCAUAAACAAUCUCACUGGUACAGUUCCUCCUCCUAUAUUCAACAUGUCUGAACUUAGAUACAUCGCCUUAGCAUCAAAUGAUCUGCGGGGUAGACUUCCUAGCAAUAUAGGGGAGACACUUCCCAACCUUUGGGGUUUCAAUUUCUGCUUCAACAAGUUCAGUGGGGCUAUUCCGGCCUCAUUACACAAUCUCACCAACAUUAGGAUCAUCAGAAUGGCGCAUAUGCUCCUGGAAGGGACUGUCCCUCCAGGUCUGGGGAAUUUGCCACUCCUGGAAAUGUACAAUAUUGGUUUCAAUAGACUAGUGAGCUCGGGUGAUGAUGGUCUUGGAAUCAUCACUUCCUUAACCAACAGUACCCGUCUGAAGUUCCUUGCAAUUGACGGCAACUUCUUCGAAGGAGUGAUUCCUGAAUCUGUGGGAAAUUUGUCCAAGGGACUGGAGAAGUUAUAUAUGGGAGGGAACCGGAUUCAUGGCGCUAUACCGGGAUCAAUUGGUCGUCUUAAGGGGUUGACAUUACUGAACAUCAGCUACAACGCCAUCAGUGAUGAAAUCCCAGAUGAAAUUGGCCAGUUAGAGAACCUACAGGAGUUGAAUUUGGCUGGAAACCGAAUCUCAGGAGCCAUUCCGGAUUCAAUUGGCAAUCUCCAAAAUUUGAACCUGAUUGACUUGUCGAGAAAUCAACUGGUGGGUGGAAUUCCAUCGAGUUUCGGGAACUUCAGUAGCAUUGCUUCCAUGGAUUUAUCCAACAAUAGGCUCAAUGGAAGCAUACCCAGAGAAGUCCUCUCUCUCCGAAGCUUGAGCAUUAUCUUGAAUCUAGCUAACAACUUCUUCAGUGGGGGAUUAAACCAAGAUGUUGGGCUUCUACAGAGUGUCGUCUCGAUUGAUCUUUCCAACAAUCUUCUCUCCGGCAGUAUUCCUGAUGCAAUCAGGAAUUGUAAGAGCUUGGAGAGAUUGGCCAUGGCAAGAAACAUAUUCUCUGGCUCAAUUCCUGGAAGCUUAGGAGAGAUCAAAGGCCUGGAAGUCCUGGACCUGUCAUAUAACCAGCUGUCAGGCAUCAUUCCUCCAGAAAUCCUCAGCCUGCAAGCGCUUCAGACCUUCAACAUCUCAUUCAAUAACCUCGAAGUAAAUCCUUGUAGUGGAGCACAUGCAAAUUUUUCGAGAGUCCAGUUUGAAGGCAACCCAAAACUUCCCCUCUCACUAUCUUGCCAGAAUGGUCGAUCUAAUCGACUGGUGACAGUCCUUAUUAUCAGUGCAGUUGCAGCAACAGCGGCAUUGUUUUUUUCCAUUGGUUCAUUCUACUAUAUGAGGAAGAAGAACAGACAAAAAGUCACUCACGCUUCUGGCCUGUUGAAAGAAACACACCAGAUGGUCUCAUACGAUGAGCUCCGUCGAGCAACAGACAACUUUGGCAGGGAGAAUCUGGUUGGAGAUGGUGGCUUCGGAUCAGUAUACAAAGGCAAGCUAGCAGACGAUACAGCUGUAGCAAUCAAAGUCCUGAAUGCUGGGAAGACAGGCUCUUGGAGCAGCUUUCUAGCAGAGUGCAAGGCGUUGAAAAAUGUGAAGCACCGAAAUCUUGUGAAGCUGAUCACAACAUGUUCAAGCGUGGAUCAUAAGAACGAAGAUUUCUGGGCUCUGGUAUACGAGUUCCUUCCCAAUGGGAGCCUAGCCGAUUGGUUACAACCCAGAAGAAACAGAGAUGAGUUCAAUCUGCUGCGGAGACUAAACAUAGCCAUAGAUGUCGCCAGCGUGCUCGAUUACCUCCACCAUGACUGCGAAGUCCCCGUAGUACACUGCGAUCUGAAGCCCAGCAACAUUCUGCUGGAUCAAGACAUGACCGCGAAAGUGGGAGAUUUUGGGCUCGCCAAGUUGCUGAUAGAGAAAAUGGGCGACCAAUCUUCCAUUAGCUCCCUCCAUGGCCUCAUGGGCUCCAUUGGCUACAUACCUCCAGAAUACGGCCUGGGCUCAAAGCCGUCGACAGCGGGCGACACCUACAGCUACGGAGUGAUGCUGCUGGAGCUAUUCACGGGGAAGGGCCCAACGGAUGCGAGCUUGUCGGAGAGAAACCAGACGCUGAUCGGGUGGGUGGAAUCGGAGUUCCCGGAAAACGUGUUGAGAGUGGUGCAUCUGGAGGCGGUUGCCGGAUUGAACAACGGCGUAUCCGAUGACGAUGACGAUGACGAAGAAUUGGGUGUGGUGAAGACGGAGCGAUGUCUGGUGCAGAUUAUCGGGGUCGGGCUGUCUUGCACCGCCGAGUUGCCUGAAGGCCGGAUCACCAUUAGAGACGCACUGCGGAAGCUCCUAGCCGCGAGAAGAGAUGUUGACAGCAGCGGUGCGAGCGCGAGCAGAUGGUCUCGAGAGCGAAAGUAAUAGCCGGUGGACGAAAAACGUGUUACUUUCUUGUUUGACUAUUUUGGAGGAUAAACUCCUUUUGGGCUCUGUUUAAAUUUCGGCCCGAAAUAGACAACAGAUCAAAGCCCACAAAGAAGGGGGGCCACCCUGAAAAAGAAAAAAAAAUACUAGCCAUAGACUCAAAUUUUGUGCCUCAAUAUGUUCAACAUAAAUAAGUCAUCACCAAAAAUAGUAAUUAUCAUUUUCCACCUCAAACCAUCAAUAACCCUGCUAGGCUAGAGGCAAUUGCACAGAUACAAUAAUCGACGGUUCAGUGUUUUUAUAAUUAUAGUUAAUAUAUACAAUAUUUUCAA